GAGCUGGAGCCGGAUGAAUAUACACUACUCGCUCCUCUCCGGUCUAGACAUCACAUCAUUACCCAAAGUCAGCUAACAGUUAGCAGUUUAUUUUUUAGAACAAAAUGUCAACCUCGACCGGCGGCGGAGAGUUUGGCAACCCUCUACGAAAGUUCAAGCUCGUCUUUCUGGGCGAACAGAGUGUUGGGAAAACCUCCCUCAUCACCAGGUUUAUGUAUGACAGUUUCGACAACACUUAUCAGGCAACAAUUGGCAUUGACUUUUUGUCAAAAACCAUGUACCUAGAAGAUCGUACGAUUCGGCUGCAGCUCUGGGAUACAGCCGGACAGGAGCGUUUCCGCAGCCUCAUCCCCAGUUACAUCCGCGACUCAGCCGCUGCUGUGGUGGUUUAUGACAUAGCCAAUCUUAAUUCAUUCCAGCAAACCUCAAAGUGGAUUGAUGAUGUUAGAACAGAGAGAGGAAGUGAUGUCAUUAUCAUGCUUGUUGGGAACAAAACAGACUUGGCGGACAAAAGGCAAGUUUCUGUUGAGGCGGCAGAGAGGAAAGCUCGUGAACUCAAUGUGAUGUACAUAGAGACCAGUGCCAAGGCGGGCUAUAACGUCAAACAGCUGUUCCGCCGUGUUGCCGCUGCAUUGCCUGGGAUGGAUAGCACACCGGAGAAGAGCAAAGAGGACAUGAUCGACAUCAAUCUGGAGAAACAGCAAGAGAUGACUGUCACCGAGAGCAGCUGCUCAUGCUAGUACACCUCACCCAGCCUGUCUCCUCCCCACCAACAGCUUGUCUCUCAGUGGCCACUCUCUCCGCCCUCGGCUCACUCCCACUGGGGUCGGAGGACAUGUCUCUUUAUUUCCCUUUUCAACUCAGUGACUUUUCAGAGUAACCGUGUGGGUGUGCAUUACUGUAUUGAAACAGAUUAUCUGGGGGGGAUGGUUCAAAAGUAAACAUUUAAAACAAGGAAUAAGUUAAAUGAUAUGAUCAGAUCUUCAUCCAGUUGCAUGGCAUUCUAUAGGAUAGCAGACUGACAUAGCUAACCGCUCGUGAGUUAUUGCACAGUUCGGAUUCUUAGUGCUGUUACUCUUGUCAUUGUUGUAAAGUAAAACUGCUUGGGAUUAUUUAAAUGACUCUGCAAGGUUGAGUUCUCAACCUAUCGUAUUUCACUUUUUAUUUUAUUUUAAACGGGAGAGUUUGCCUCCAACUAUUCUGUCUCUCAGAUGACUUAUUGUUUCUUGACUUUGUCUUAUUCUGAGGAAGUAGAUACAGGAUCUUACCAGUGAAUUUACGGCAUCGCUAAUCAUUUUACCACAUUAGGCUCAAAUGGAAGAGGGUCAUUCAUUUGGGUAUUAUUUAUACCGGACACAUUUUAAACUGCCAAAUACAACAGUAUUAUAAUAAUACAAUACAACAUCAGCAGACCAAAUAUACAUUAUUUGAGACCUCAUUUAAAACAGUGCAAAAGGGAUGCGUAACCAAACAAUGAGGUAAUAGAUCAUCAAAGGGAAACUGUCCCAAGUUCACUAGACUGGCUACUAACCUGAAGCUAUGUCUGCAUUCAAACUAAAGCAACGGUCUUUCCCCAAGUUGUUAAAUUAGCUACAUGCAUACUAACAUGUCUGAUGAGUUUUCAUUUAUAAGAUGCCCCUAAAAACACACACAUACA